UGAACGCCUUGCCCACCUGGAUUUUGACAAUUGUAGGGACUUGGAAAAAGUUAAAAUUCAUACUCCUAAUCUAAAGUCGUUCACUUACUGGGGAGAAGAUGCCAUAUCUUUGGUGUCCAAGGGUCCAGCUCUGAAGUUGAAAUAUGCUGUCGUUGGCCUAAGAGCUGGCUUCCAGACUGAAAAGUGGUAUCUUGGACUCAUUAAAUUAAUUGCAUAGUUUAGUCACACUGAAGAUUUCUCACUCCAUCUUGCAACUAUUCAGGAUGCUGUAAUCCCAGAACAUGUGAGACUGAAAUCCCGCCCUCCACUGUAUGGUGUCAAGCAUUUGAUGGUUGAGAUUCAGCUGUCAGCGAUUCAUGAUUAUGAUUUCACUAGACUGAAACAUACUCUUGUUGAUUUAGUCAAGUGUCUCCUGUGGCUUGCUCCCUGCUCAGAGACUCUACGUGUAUGCAAUUUCGAUAAUGAAAUUGUUAUUAUAUAAGUUUACAUAUGAGAAGCCAUUAAAAGGCAAGAAAAAAUGUGGUUGCUGGAAGUCUCUGGCUAUUAACUGUUGGCGGCAUUCGCUAACCAAUGUAUCGCUUGAGUAUGAAGGAGGAGAUGAAGAUGAUAAACAAUUAGCAGAAUUCUUUCGCAAUGCCAGGAUUGAUGGGAAGAUGGUGGAUUUUGUCAAGACUACCGGGCCUGAAAUGAAAUACAGAUGGAAAGGUAUUAAUAGUGUGGUGUUAGAGAGGUCAGAUACACUUCGAGCGACAGGAGCUGCUAUUGGUGUUUUGCCUAAUGGCUGGCGUGCCCUCCACCAGCUUGGUCUUGACUCCAGUCUUCGAUCAACUGCUGUUGCACUUCAUAAUGCAGUUGAUCUUCAGGCUGAGACCGGUGUGGAACGAAGGUUUCUUUUGUGUGAAGGGGAGGCUCGUUGUAUAAGAAGAGGUGAUCUCAUUGAAGCCUUAGCAAAUGCGCUACCACAAGAGACUAUACGUUUUGGCUGCCAAGUUGUAUCUAUAAAUGUUGAAAGAUCAAGUUCGUAUGCAGUUCUUCAACUCCUUGACGGGAGCUUAAUCAGGGCUAAGGUGUUAAUUGGCUGUGAUGGAGCAAACUCAGUCAUUGCUAAUUACAUUGGCUUAAAGCCUACUCGGCUUUACUCCACAUGUUCAGUCAGAGGCCUGACUCGAUAUCCAAAUGGUCAUGGAUAUGCUCCUGAGUUCUUGAGGGUAAGAGCAAAUAAGCAUUUAGUUGGAAGAGUUCCAGUUGAUGAUAAGACAUUAUACUGGUAUGUUUCUCUGCGAUGGGUACAAAAAGAUGCUGAUAUGCCAAAGGAUCCUGCUUCCAUCAAACAAUUGACAUUAAGCAAAACAGCGGGUUUACCUAAGGAUAUCGUGGAGAUGAUAGAGAACGCUGACUUAAGCACUUUGUCAUGCACACGAUUGAGAUAUCGAGCCCCAUGGAAUUUACUUUCAGGAAACUUACGCAAAGAAACUGUAACAGUAGCUGGGGAUGCUUGGCAUGUUAUGGGCCCUUUCUUAGGGCAGGGUGGGUCUGCAGCUAUGGAAGAUGCAGUUAUUCUUGCUAGAUGUUUAUCAAAAAAGAUAUGCAAUGCUGAUUUGAACGAGAGUAUUAUGCAUUUGUCAGCACAGAAGGCUAUCGAAGCUCUGGAUGACUAUUUGAAGGAAAGGAGGCAGCGAGUAGUACUCUUAUCCACCCAAACUUACCUCACAGGUUUAUUGUUAGUUGAGAAACCCUCUUUGCUGUUGAGAUUCCUGUGCAUCGUAAUCCUGUUUGUUUUUUUCCGAGACCUGCAAAAACCCCAAAAAUAUGAUUGCGGUGAACUCUAAGACCUUUCUGCUGCUGCCACUGUAAGUAGUUUCUAUAUAUGUGGGUUGGAUAUUCCACUUUUACUCAUCCUCAAACGAGUAAUAGUUAAUAAUAUAAGAUGAUGAGCAGUAGUACUAACUUUUUUUGGUGCAAUGUGAAAUCCUCGAUCUUAUGAUUGUAUUCUGAAAGAGUUUUAUGUACUGUAUUAUGUCAUCGAACUUAGUCUAAUCUGAUGAUCUGAUCGAUGUACUACAGUCAAAGGUAAGGCAUGUAUAUGCAACUCUUCUAAAUUA